AUGGCUUCCGUGCUGAACGACCUGGGGGUAGGGAAUCAGGGCAUCACGCGUGAAAAGUUCAUGUCGAUGAGCAAUGACCCCAAGCUGUUGAGAGACCUACAGGAGCUGGGCAUUAAGCAGAAGCAGUUCGAGCAGAUCACGAAGCUCCUGUAUGACAGCAAGGAGGCUGAGGGUGGCAAGGAUGAAACGCACAGAGUUCUGACCGGUGAGGAGAUCGUCAGCGAGCUGUUCCGACUUCAGCCGGGGACUGCGCUGAACUUCUCCGACCUAGCGACAACGGAGAAGAAACUCUUGGAGCAGCGCAAAGACAUACGCAAGCGAAUCGGUCGCAUUGAGGAGCUCCUCGCCAUUGGCUUAGGCAGGUCCGGCCCUGCACAGAGCGCGUCAUGCGGUUUGGUCCUCGAAAGCAUUGGUCCAUCGAGACCGAUGAGUCCAGUGCCGUUGACGCCCUUGAGCCAGAUGAGCCCUGCAAGCCCGUCCAGACCGAGGAACGCAAUGGCGCCGACGUUCGGGUUGCAGGAGGGGGAUUCCUCACCAGACCGCGCGGCAAAUGCCAGCUCUGCCACGCUGCAGCGGCUUGCGAGGAUCGAUUCUCGGACGAUCAUCGAGGAGAUCCGCCGAAGGCUUGGGCUCAAGGAUCUGGGGGCCGUCGGUGUUUGCCCGGACUGGUGCGAGGACGACCUGGCCAUUUCAGCUUGCAAGUUUCUGGGAUGCAGCCAUGUGUUCCGCCACGUAAAUAAGGCCAGCCUGACUCGGCAUCUGCCACCGCCUGAAGUGGUUAAUGCUCAGAAGGAGCAGAACUACAGGGAAGUUGACGAGCAGCUGCAGCAAGCACAGCUUUUGCUUGAGGAGCAGACCAAACGAGAGAAGGAGUAUCUGAGGGCGCAAGCGACGCAGGCUAAAGAGGUCCUGGAGGGACGCUGGGAUCAGCACUUGCGUGCGCAGGAGAUUUCUGCGGAGCAAGACUUUCAGAAAUCCCUUGCGCAGCUCCACGAGUCCUCGCGGAUGAUGCGGCUGAAGCUGGAGGAACAGGCUUCCCAGCUUGUCAUCGAGUAUCAAACGAGACGGACACAGGAGGAGAUCAACCGUCACAAACAUGAAGUAGAACUCCAUCACUGGGAGCCGUUUUCCCUUUCAAGCUCGUCGGGCUUUCGGUAG